UGGGCGAGCGACGGCCCCGCGGCGGCGGCGGCGGACGGCGGCGGACAUGGGCACCCAGGGCUCGGGGCGCAGGCGGCUCCCCAACCGGGAGCGGCUCACGGCCGAGGACGACGCGCUCAAUCAGAUCGCGCGCGAGGCGGAGGCCAGGCUCGCAGCGAAGCGUGCGGCGCGGGCGGAGGCGCGGGAGAUCCGCAUGAGGGAGCUGGAGCGGCAGCAGAAGGAGAUCUAUCAGGUUCAAAAGAAAUAUUAUGGUCUGGAUACGAAGUGGGGUGACAUCGAACGGUGGAUGGAAGACAGCGAGCGCUACUCGCGUAGGUCCCGAAGAAACACCUCGGCUUCUGACGAAGAGGAGCGCGCGUCAGUGGGUAGUCGCGGCAGCCUGAGGACGCAGUCCGACCUGGAGUCCGGGGGUCCCCACGUCUGGACAAAUGGCUGUGAUGGGGAGUGGUCUGGAUCACAGUCCCUGAGUAGAAGACCUGGCAGGGGACCCUCCUGCUCGGAUCUCCGGCUCCCCGGCAGUGGCCUGCCUUCCAAACCCCUCUCUGUCCAGAACGGAAACCGGGCGUCCGUGUUGGGGGACGGCGGCCUCCCUGGGGCUCCACGGGGCAGCGUCUGCGGUUCCCACCGCGCUCCGUCGGAGUACAGCAGCCACCUCAACUCCAGCUCCCGCGCCUCCUCCAGGGCCAGCUCUGCUCGGGCCAGCCCCGUGGUUGAAGAGAGACCAGAAAAGGAUUUUACGGAGAAGGGGUCUCGCAACAUGCCGGGCUUGUCUGCGGCCACGCUGGCCUCGCUGGGCGGGACUUCCUCCCGGAGGGGAAGCGGAGACACCUCCAUCUCCAUGGACACCGAGGCUUCUAUUAGGGAGAUUAAGGAACUCAAUGAGUUGAAGGACCAGAUUCAGGAUGUAGAAGGCAAAUACAUGCAGGGAUUGAAAGAGAUGAAGGACUCCCUAGCAGAAGUGGAAGAGAAGUAUAAGAAGGCCAUGGUGUCCAACGCCCAGCUAGACAACGAGAAGACCAACUUCAUGUACCAGGUGGACACGCUGAAAGACACGCUGCUGGAGCUCGAGGAGCAGCUGGCCGAGUCCCAGCGGCUCUACGAGGAGAAAAGCAAGGAGUUGGAGCGGGAGAAGCACGCGCACAGUGUCCUGCAGUUCCAGUUCGCCGAGGUGAAGGAGGCGCUGAGGCAGAGGGAGGACAUGCUGGAGGAAAUCCGACAGCUACAGCAGAAACAGGCGAGCUAUAUCAGGGAGAUUUCUGAUCUGCAGGAAACCAUAGAAUGGAAAGACAAAAAGAUAGGGGCGUUAGAGAGGCAGAAAGAGUUCUUUGAUUCCAUAAGGAGUGAACGAGAUGAUCUUAGAGAAGAAGUAGUCCAGCUGAAAGAGGAGUUAAAGAAACACGGAAUAAUCCUAAAUUCAGAAACAGCUACCAAUGGAGAGACUUCGGACACACUAAAUAACGUCGGAUACCAAGGCCCGACUAAGAUGACAAAAGAAGAGUUAAACGCCCUCCAGUCAGCCGGCGACGGGACACUGGGAAGAGCCAAUGGAGUGGAGGUGAAAAAAGAAAUUGUGGAGACUGUGGGGAAAAGAGAAACCUUGCAGAAUGCUGAGCAAGAACAGCGCAAGGAGCACACGGGAAAGGAGUGUGCGGACGUAGAGGGCUUGCGCCCUGGUGAAAGUGCUGAACACAAUGCCUCGUCCCCGGGACCCUUAGCGAGUGCCGGACGGGAGGGGCAGGUGCGAGGCCAGAGUCUAGGGAAUGCUUCUGUGCUUGAAAGUCCAGAGCAGGUCGGGGCAGACAAGGCGGCGCACACGGCAGAUGGCAGGACCCGAGCUUCCCCCGAGCGGGCCGGCUGUCUGCGGGAGUUAGACGGAGAGCCGCCCGGUCCGGAGCCCGUGCAGGACGGUGGGAAUGCUUCGGAUACCCAGAACCACAGGGAGAAUUCCGUAGUGAGGCAGGAUAGAGGAAAACGGGAGGAUCUGAAGACAGAUGGAGAAAAAUCCUGUCGGGAGUCCAUGCCCGAGAAGAUGCCUGACGCCGAAAAGAUAAGCCGUGCAACCCCCGGGGGCCCAGGUGGGAACCACGUGGAGAACGAGGUCGUGGCCAAGGAGCAAGUGGACACAGCGGCCUCCAACCCCCCCGCGCACAGCAGGGCCACCGUGAACCCUGACGGAAAGUGCACGGCUGCUAAGUUGGACCCCGGCACCGGGCGCAGCGUAGAACGCGAGCUCCCCGCCCAGGAAGGAGGCCGGCUCGAGGAGCCCCCCGCGCAGAGCAGCCCCAGGAGGGCGGACGCCGACAGCGAAGCAGACGCAGACAAGACCCCCCCGCCGGCCGAGGCACUGGAUUCCUCGCAGAAGAAGGCGAAGAACAAGAAAAAGAAAAACAAGAAGAAGAGGACGCCAGCCCCCGUCGAGAGCCCCCUGGAUGUGAAGAGCGCGUGGGCGUGUCGGGGCGCAGAGGCAGGUGGAGCUGGGGAAGGGGGGCAGGUGCAGCUUGCUGACAACAGCCAAGUCACACCAGCCCUCAGGGAGACGACGGAGAAUCCUGAAAUUGCUCCGGGGGGCCCAGCGAGCCCCGAGGAUGAUGAGGUCAGCGGGAAGGAAGGGGAAGUGACGGCUGGAGGAGACACGGUGACUCUUGAGGACGGGCCAGUUCAGUCGGCAGGCCCUGGGGCGAGCAGUCAGUUAGAUGAGCAGACUACAGAGGAUCAGAGCAGUCGUGCAGAGCCCGAGAAUGAAAUAGGAAACGGCAGCUCCCUGCCGGAAAAGAAAGGCCCCGCACAAGGCGGCCAUGGUGCCGAGCACUCAGGUCAGACAGCAGCCAAAGCGUUAGACGGCAUCAGUCUGGAUAGCGACGACUUGUCGGCGUCCGCAGGGGAGCCGCGAGACCUCGACUCGGAAGGCCGGGGAUGUCCACGAACAGGGAGCGAGAAGGGCAAGAGCAAAGAAGACUGCACCAUGUCCUAGGGCGGAGGGCAGCAGCGGGCCGGCGUGGAGGAAGCUCGGGACUGCACAGUGAACCCAGUCACCCGAGCCCCUUGCCUUCCCUUCCACUGCGCAGGCUCGCAGCGUGCUCUGAAAUGCUGCAGAAGCACUGUAUGACAACCAUCCACUUUAAGUUAUAGACUGUUACCAAUAGAUUAGUAUUUAAUUAGUAUUGAAUCAUUGAUAGGAUCACCCAGAUUAGAAAGAAAGACACGUUUGUUUUCACAUUAAGUUCUAAUCAAGAGCAGCCCAUCAUCAACGCCAAACAGUAGUGUAUGCCCUCACUAUCUGGACUGCAGCCUGAAGUAAAACUAUUUGCCUUAGGUCACUAUGAAUGUGGUUAUUCUUGACCAAAUAUAUCAGCCUUUAACUGAAAUGACCAAAUAGCAUCCUUCGAUUUCUGCAUCAUGACUAUAAUGGACAUUUAAAUAGCUACGUCUCAUUCAGAUAUAUAUGUAUGGGAUUUUAUUUAGAGGAGAUAAACAGUUAAGUAGUAUAUAGGUCACUGGGUGGUAAGAUGUGCACUUUAGAACCUCAGCUGAUGGUUUGGGGCAAGGAGAAGUGUGUGGAAGGCACGGGGAGGACUUGUUUGCUUUCCCUCAGAACUGUUGAACACGCAUCGGUGCCUUCAGAUCUCACUGCAGUGAUACCUGAGUUUAUUUCGUGAUUCCAUGUGGAUGACACACCAAAUUCAUUUUACAAAAAUAAAUUUAAGCUUUUUUUUUUUUUCCUGGAAGUGGUAUUUGACAUUUCACUUCCUAGUGUAGUAUUUAGGAGCUACUGUCGCUUCAAAAAUACAUAGCCUCAAAUUUAUUUCUCUGUCUGUUUGAAUGUCUAAUCAUUGUUCCAAAGAAGAGUACAAAAGAAUACUUCUCAUACAAACUACUAACUAGUAGUUUGCAUAUAGUAGGGUGUCUUUAAGAGUUGAAUAAUUUUUGGUAUUUUGGCAUAAAUAUUUUUAUUGUUUCUUGGUAUAGUCUUACUGGAAAGUUCUUGCUUUGAUCUACUUGAAGGAAAUACAUAUUUUCUAUAUAAAAAAUUAAAAAUAAUUGUAAAGUUGAAUAAAAAAAGCAACUGUAAAAAUUGUUCAACACGGGGAAUGUACAUUAUGAGUUCUGUCGACCCUUUAUGGAAUUGUAAAUGUGUACUACUGUUACAAGAUAGAAUGACCUCAAAAGGACCAAAACCUCAGCAGAAUUUGAGGCAAGCCUAAGGGUUAUGUAAUUGAAAUAAAAGCAUUUUGUGAUUUUA